AUGGCAGCCAUCGUUCAACAGCAGCAGGCGAUGCAGAAGAAUACUCUGUAUGUAGGAGGUUUAGCUGACGAAGUAAACGAAUCGAUACUUCACGCCGCGUUUAUACCUUUCGGCGACAUCAAGGACGUGAAGACGCCGCUGGACCUGGCCAAUCAGAAGCACAGAUCCUUCGGAUUCGUCACUUUUCUGGAGAGAGAAGACGCUUCCGCCGCCAUGGAUAACAUGGAUGGUGCCGAGCUCUACGGCCGCGUCCUCACCGUCAAUUAUGCCCUCCCCGAGAAAAUCAAGGGUGGAGAACAGGGCUGGGCCGCUCAUCCACUUUGGGCAGAUGCAGACACAUGGUUUGAGAGGCAGCAACAAGAAAAGGAAGCGCUGAAGAUCCAAGCUGAGCACAAGGCUGCAGUGGAGACUGCUGAUGAACUUCACAGGAAGAAACUGGCGCAAGACCGAGAAGGCGAGACUGAAGAAGAUACCGAUAUGAAAGAUGAUCCUAUGGCGAGAGCCGAGGCCGAUGCUCUAAGCCAUGGCAACGGUCAAUGA